AAAUCAAAAGUUGAGGUUAUUUUUUAACCAUUUUCCCUUUUAAAAAAAAAGCCCAUAUAACUCCAAUUGUUUGUCGGGAAGUUGCAGGAGGAAUCGAUCGUUCAUGAAUAAUAAUGGAAGAACUGAAAAAAGAUGAUUUGCUGAGUGAAAUAAAGCAAAUAGAAGAAAAAAUUGACGGUGAUUCCACUGCGCAGAAGAUAUUAUGGCUUCUGGAAACGUCCAAGGCCCUUGACAACCAAGAAUCUGAACUCCAAUCUAGGUGCAUCUUAGAACAUGCUAAAUUGCAAACCAAGGUUGAUGAGUUUGAGGAGCUACUGCAAAAAGGCAAAGAGGUGAAGUUCUCUGAAAAUUUGGACCAUACUUUUCGGGACUCCACUAAGAAGCUUGAUUUCGCAAAGAGGGAACUUGCAGCUAAAUUGAGGUCCACUCUGUCAUUUAAACGACAGCUCGAUGAUGUGCCAUCACAAGCUGAACUCAUUCAGUAUGAACUCCGAUUGUCAGAACUUUACACUCAUAUCCAGGGCAAGGAUCGUCAAACCCGUAAAUACUAUGCUACUUACAAUACAUUGUUGGGGAUAAAAGAAUUGAUGCUAAAGGAAACAUCAUUACUGAACUCCAUACGCUCACAGUUCAAAGAUGCUCUUACUAGCCCUGCUGGUCGAAAGAAACUAAUUGAUUCCAUGGAAGGAAUUAUGCACGGGACUCAACAGAAGCUGGAAAAGGUGCAAAUUGCUCUACAAUCAGAGCGGAAAGCUCAUGAAGCUCUCAAGGGGCAAUAUGCAGCUAUAGUUUCAGAGCAAAGGCAUUACAAUUCUAUCUUAGAGGCUUUCCAGUGUAUAAACAGAGUAGCAUGCGGACUCUGCAACUUUUUUUGAUGACAAGGGAAACCUGCAGCUGCUACCCUUUGAGUGCGCACAAGGUAAAACCCCCGCUCCUAUGCAAUAGCUUGCAAAUCACAUAGGAGAGGUAACCCGCACUAGGCAAGUCUGGUGCGAUGAGCUCGACCCAAGAGGCAAACCCCUUGCUUUCACUGGCAAAGGGUUUCGAAUUUGAAACUUCCAACAUGGAAGUCCCAAGCUCAAACGACUGGGCCAUCCAGAAGGGUAACUCUACAGCUUUGUAUCUCUGUAGAGUAGGCUUUGUUGGAUAUGGACAACUCACUGUGGUUUUUAAAGAAAACUAGUCUAACCCUCAAAUACACAUUUGUGCAAGCUAAGUAUGUCUUGUAACCACUAUGACUCCUUUUAUCAUAAUUACCCAAAGAAACUUGCGGCACAGGUACUUUAGAAUAACUUAACCCAUCAAGAACCUUGGGUUUCUUUUGUGGUGGGGUUUGUGGUUGGGUGUUGGUGUUGGUGCAGGUAUAGAUUCUUGCUACUGUUGCCUUUUGGUGUUAGACAAUUGACAUAUUUUUAGCUUGUUAUUAUUUUUACUGGUUUUUACUUAUUUUAAUUUAGUGCUUCCUAUUCUUUAGCUAGACUUAAUCAACUUUAGUUCCUCAACUUUCUGAAGUUAAUGGUCCAAUUAUGGUUGUUAGUGGCCCCCUUUUAUGGUAGUUAGUGGCACAUGUUCUUAUUUUAUUUUUUCAAAUAAGUUUCUUGAGUAUUUUUGUUCUAACAGUGGCAUCAGAGCCUCUAGUUGUUCUUACAGAACAAAAAAAGUUUUAACCUACAACACAAAUGACAUCCAACAACCUACCUUUAAAUCCACGAUUCACUUAAACUGGUGAAAAUUACCAAAUUUGGUCUGUGAAGAUGCAAACUUUUUUGGAAGCCUAUGAACUUUGGGAAACUGUGACGGAAGAUAAACCACUUGCUGCUCUACUAGCAGAUCCUACCUUGGCUCAGAUCAAAUCCAACAACGAAGAGAAGGCAAAGAAAUCUAAAGUCAAGUCACUUAUGCAGAAUGCUGUGGCAGAUACUGUGAUUUACAAAAUCAUGGCUUGCAAAACUGCAAAAGAGGUUUGGGAUAGGUUGAAAGAAGAACAUCAAGGCAGCGAUAGAACACGUCAAAUGCAAGUGUUGUUGGGCUAUUGCCUGUGUUCCAGCCAAAGGCCCAUGGCCUAAUCCUACUUGGAAAAGGAUUGGAAUUAUUCUCUUUGUUUGGUUUCCAAUUCUAUUAGGAAAAGGAUUGGAAUAGUAAUCAUAUUUGUAGUUGGUUUUGGCUUUGUAAGAAAAAGCACAACUCUAUAAAUAGAGGAUGUUUUUGAGAGAAUUAAUUGCUCAUUGGUAUUGUCUUUGAAAGACAUUAGAACAUAAGAGAGCUUUUUGAGAGAGCUUUCAACAAGAGAAAAGAUAGAAAGAAAAGGGUCCUUUUGUUGUAGUCUUUUCUCCGACCAGUAACGUUCAGAUCGUGUUUCCCGAUUAACUAACCGUUGGAUCAGGAUGAAAUUUGGACUGAGUGUUCCUGACAUCAUGGUGGUUGAUUUGAACAGUGGAGAUCGAAUUCGGAGGUCAGCAAGAUCCUAUUUUAGGUCCCGAACCGAGGCUGGGUUUGAGUGGUGUUUCUUUCUAUUUAUCUUUUGUUGGUGUAGCUAUUAUUUGUUCUCUUUUGGCACUUGUUGUGUAUCAAUUAGAAGAAUAUUUGUAACCCUCUUGUUGGUAUAGUGAAGCAAUUCGGAUCUUGUCGAUCCUGUGGUGGUUACCUUUGGUUUGAAGGGUUUUUCCACGUUAAACUUGGUGUUAUUUAUUGUUAGAUUUUCGGUUUCAUCUUUUCAUCUCAACAAUUGGUAUCAGAGCUAAGGUUAUCUAUAUGGAGGGUAAUAUGAGCAAGAUGGUAUGUCUAAACGGAAAAAAUUACAACAUAUGGAAAAGCAAGAUGAAAGAUCUAUUGUUCGUGAAGAAGAUGCAUCUUUCAGUUUGUUCUGCUCAUAAACCCGAGAAUGUGACUGGUGAAAAUUGGGAAUUUGAAAAUUGGGAAUUUGAGCACCAACAAGUAUGUGGAUAUAUAAGACAAUGGGUUGAAGAUAAUGUUCGCAACCAUAUUGUGAAUGAGACACAUUCUAGAACAUUGUGGGAAAAGUUGAAGACGCUUUACGCUUCAAAAACUUGCAACAAGAAGUUGUUCUUGUUAAAGCAAUUGAUGACCUUUAAAUACAAGAAGGGCAGUUAUAUUCUUGAUCAUAUAAAUGAUUUUCAGGGUAUUCUUGAUCAGCUAUCUGGAAUGGGUGUGAAUUUUGAUGAUGAAAUACAAGGACUUAGGCUUCUUAAUACUCUAUCGAAUUCUUGGGAAAUUCUUCGUGUUUCUUUAACAAAUUCUAUCACUGGUGGAAAGGUGACUAUGGAAUAUGCAAAGAGUGGUGUGUUGGAUGAAGAGGUUAGAAGAAAAUCUCAAGACACAUCUUCACAUUCAGAUGUUCUAUAUACAGAAGAUCGAGGGAGACAUAAGACAAGAGAUCCGAGGAGUAGAGGUAAAAGCAGAAGUAAGUCAAAAUUCAAGAAUCCAAAUAUUAUAUGUUAUCAUUGUGGAAAGAAAGGACAUUAAAAGAUUUUGUAAACAAUUGAAGCAAGAUCUUAAAGAAGGGAAGAAGGAAGAAAACAAUGAAAAUAAUGUUGUUGCUGUUGUCCAAGGUGAACUUCUCUUCGCUUGUGAUAAAGACGUCAUCAAUUUUAUAUCUCAAUAUACAAGUUGGAUAGUAGAUUCUGGAGCCACAUCACAUGUCACACCAAGAAAAGACUUCUUUUCAUCUUAUACUUCUGUUAACUCUGAGGUGUUAAAAAUGGGUAAUACUGGUGAAGUUAAGGUGUUUGGUGUUGGCACUGUUUGUUUGAAAACCAAUAUUGGUUCAAUGUUGGUCCUUCAAAAUGUCAAGCAUGCUCCAGACAUUCCAAUAAAUUUGAUAUCUGUAGGACAACUAGAUGAUGAUAGCUAUCAUAAUGACUUGUGCAAUGGCCAAUGGAAGCUCACCAAAGGCUCACUGAUUUUAGCUCGAGGAAGAAAACAUUCAAUUUUACACGUGACACAAGGAUCGAUUCUUGGUGACUCUAUGAAUUUGGUGGAGAGCGAGACUUUAUCAGAAUUGUGGCACAAGAGGCUUAAUCAUAUGAGCGAGAGGGGGAUCACCUGUUUGGCUAAGAAGAAUUUGUUUGCUUGUAUGAAACAAGCAAAGGUGAAAAGAUGUGUUCAUUGCUUAGCAGGGAAACAGAAAAGAGUUUCUUUUCACAGUCAUCAUCCUUCAAGAAAGUGUGAGCUAUUGAAGCUAGUACACUCAGAUUUGUGUGGUCCUUUCAAAGUGAAGUCAAAAGGUGGUGCACUUUACUUUGUUACUUUCAUUGAUGAUCAUUCUCGGAAGAUUUGGGUAUAUCCUUUAAAAUUCAAAGAUCAAGUGCUUGAUGUGUUUAAACAGUUUCAAGCCUUAUUUGAGAGACAAAUGAGAAAGAAAUUAAAAUGUAUUCGCACUGAUAAUGGAGGUGAGUAUAUUGGUCCCUUUGAUAACUACUGCAAAUCGCAAGGAAUUUGUCAUCAAAAGACUCCUUCAAAGACUCCUCAAUUAAAUGGUUUGGCAGAGAGGAUGAACAGAACUUUAGUUGAGAGAGUUAGAUGUGUGCUUUCAGAAGCUAAACUUUCAAAUUCUUUUUGGGCUAAAGCACUUAACGUCGUUGCUUAUGUUAUCAAUUUGUCUCCUGUUGUUGCUUUGGAUGGUAUGUUCCAAAUAGAGUUUGGUUUGAUAAGGAUGUUUCUUAUGAUCACUUGAAAGUGUUUGAGUGUAAAGCUUGUGUGCAUGUUCCAAAAGAUGAGAGGUCAAAAUUGGAUGUUAAAACUAAGCAAUGUAUCUUCAUUGGUUAUGGUCAAGAUGUGUUUGGAUAUCUCUUUUAUGAUCCAAUUGAUAAGAAACUCAUUAGAAGUCGUGAUGUUGUGUUCUUUGAAGAUCAAACUAUUGAAGAUAUUGACAAUACUGAGAAACUAGAUUCUCAAACUGAUGAGAGCUUAGUUGAUGUUGAUCCAAUUCCUAUUAUUGAUACAUCUUCUGCACAUGAGGGAACCCAAGGUAAUGAUCAAGAUAAUGAUGAGAGUGUAGAACAUAUAAUUGUUCCUGCUGAUGAUGUUGUGGUUGAUAAUCAAUCAACUCAUGUUGGGUUGACCGCUUCGGAUGCUCCAGAAACCUCUUGUAGAAGAUCUACUAGAGAGAAGCGAAGCUCAACACGCUAUUCUCAUGAUGAGUAUAUUCUAGUGACUAAUAUGGGAGAACCUGAAGGUUAUGAUGAAGUCAUGUUAGAUACUCAUAGAGAUAAGUGGAAAGAACUCAUCGUAGACAAUCACGAGUUUUGUAGAAGUGUGGCAGACAAGAAGCCUGUCAAAAGUUCCUCCACUUGAAGUCCAUUUGGCCCCUUGGCUGGAGGGGGAGUUUGUUGGGCUAUUGCCCGUGUUCCAGCCAAAGGCCCAUGGCUUAAUCCUAUUUGGAAAAGGAUUGGAAUUAUUCUCUUUAUUUGGUUUCCAAUUUUAUUAGGAAAAGGAUUGAAAUAGUAAUCCUAUUUAUUGUUGGUUUUGACUUUGUAAGAAAAAACACAACUCUAUAAAUAGAGAAUGGUUUUGAGAGAAUAAUUAAAUUGCUCAUUGGUAUUGUUUUUGAAAGACAUUAGAACAUAAGAUAGGUUUUUGAGAUAGCUUUCAAUAAGAGAAAAGAGAGAAAGAAAAUGGUUCUUUUGCUGCAGUCUUUUCUCCGACCAGUAACGUUCAGAUUGUGUUUCCCGAUUAACUAACCGUUGGAUCGGGCUGAAAUUUGGACUGAGUGUC